AUGAUCUUCUCAGUCAACCCGCGACGUCGAGGAUGGCAGGACGUUGGGUACAAGCAUGUAGCAUUGCUCUUCGACCACUUUAGGUUGGAUCAGAAGGAACCCGAGACCCCAAUCCGUCAGGAGCUUGACGGGAAGAGACGACUGAGUGACAUCAUCAAGGAGGAGAUCGAUGACCUAGAAGAUGAGCACCUCUAUCCCCAGUCAAAGAAGAAAACUCACUCAUUCACAGAAGUGAAAGGACUGGUAUUCGUUCGGUGGAUUGAUCGCAUAGGAGAGGACCCCAAUACCUUCACAACGCGAUUGUUUGAAAAGAUCGUGACGAACAACAUCUCGCUCGACAUGUUUCAUUCUUUGAAGCGCUUAAUCCCUGUAGAGAACACGACUUAUGCUUCUCCUGAGAAGGCAGCGAACCUUGCACUACAGCUGUGUCAACCUCACUUCAAUGCCACAAAACCGCUCACGUUUCGCGUCGAUAUUCAAGUUCGACAAAAUAGCAGCGCUAACAAAACAAAGCUCAUCCAUGCCAUUGCUGAUACAAUCAGCCACAUGGGAGCUCACAAGGUCAACCUGACUGCUCCCGAUAAGAUUGUGAUUGUGGAAAUCAUACGGCAAAUCUGUUGUAUGUCGUGCGUCUCAGGAGAGCAAUACCGCAAGAAUUUCUGUUUCAGUUUUGACAAGGUGCGAGAGUCUUAUGAGUGA